AUGUCGUCCAACAACACCUCGGCCAGUGUCUCCAUCGAUAAGUUCGAUGGGGACAACUACUCAACCUGGUGUCGCUACAUGCGCGGCGUGUUUCUGACGAAGUCAGUCUGGUACGUCGUGAACCGCGAAACGUCUCCAACCUUCACCGACACGCGAGCUUCCGACGAGUACGUCAAGGCGAGCAACAUCGCGUUCGGGUUGAUGUUGCUCCACAUGGACGCCGACUACCACCAUGUGGUCGACAACUGUGAAGAAGCAUGGACAGCGUGGUCGCGGUUGAAGAUGCUCUAUGGUGGGUCGCAGAAGGCGGGACGCAUCUACCUCAAGCGCCAGCUGUUCAGCAUCAAGAUGGCGGAAGGUGCCAACGUCUUGCACCAUUGCAACGAAGUCUUGAACAUCGGCGCCAAGCUCAGCAGCAUCGGUGCCAAGAUGGAAGACGAAGACAUUGCGAUCUGCUUGCUGCUCAGUCUCCCGAAGAGUUUCGAGAACGUGGUUCUGAACUUAGAGAUGAGCAAUGCAGAGCUGCGCACGCAAGAUGUGGUCAAGGUGCUGACUAACGAGCACAUCAAGCGACAAGGCGAGAAGAUGACAACGGCAACGACAACGGUGAAGACUGAAGAUGCGACAAAGGCAUUCAGUACCGAGCGCAAGCCCUACCAAUGCACAUACUGCGGCAAGGUGGGGCACACGGCAGAGCGUUGCUGGACGAAGCAAAAGGAUGAAAGUCGAGGAGCCCAACGCGGCGGCAAUGGUCGUGGACGCGGGGCAAACAAUGUCCAGUGGCGACAUUAUGAUGAAGGAAACAGCUACGAUCGAGUGGCGUUUGCAGUUUCGUUCGAAUGCGGAGUUUCGACGAACAAGAAUGGACCAGGAAUGUGGGCCGUUGACAGCGGGGCAACACAUCACAUCUGCCACGACAAGUUCAAGUUUGCAAGCUUGGUCGAAGGCAAUGAUGGCGAGAUCCUGGUGAUUCUGCCAAACGGGGAAGAGCGCGAGAUCGAGAUCAAGAACGCGCUCUAUGUGCCCAGCAUGAGCAAAAAUCUGCUCUCGGUGCCGCAGAUUAACAAGCACGGCAACUUCCAAGUGGUGUUUGACGGGAAUACGAUGUACGUCGCUCGCAAGGAUUCCAAUCAAGUGGUGGCAGCUGCGGAUCUUGUAGACGGACUCUACUGGCUUCGCACGACGCAGCGAUCGGCCAAUGCGACAUCACUCAGCAACGCUGUUGAUCUACAUGCGCGAAUGGGCCAUGCUCCAGUCGACGUGCUUCGCAGGAUGGUGACAAGCCACAUGAUCAAGGACGCUCACAUCCCUUCCAAGCCGAAUGGAUCAAGUGUGUGUCGAGGAUGCCAAGAAGGGAAGAUGGUCCAAAAACCAUUCCCGAGCAACCGUGACAAGCGCACCUACAACACCUUCGAGAUGCUCCACUUCGACAUCUGCGGACCCAUGGAAGAAAAAUCUCUGGGUGGCAGCAAGUAUCUGCUGCUGAUCGUGGAUGAAGCCAGCGGAUGCAUGAAGAGUUUUUGUCUGCAUUCCAAGUCAGAGAGCAAAGAGUGCAUCAAGAAGUACAUCACGAUGAUACAGACGCAGUUCAACAAGAAGGUCAAAUUUGUGCGACACGAUGGAGCCCGCGAGUUUGCGACGAACUCGCUUCAAGAUUUCUACGAAGUCGAAGGCAUCGAGCAACAAACCACGGUGCCAUACGCACAUCAAGCCAAUGGAACUGCUGAACGCGCGAUUCGAACUAUCGUCACCAUCGGUCGUAGCAUGCUCCAUCAUGCCAAGUUGGACAAGUGCUUCUGGGCUGAAGCGGCAAUGACGGCCGUCUAUGUGAAGAACCGUUUGCCGUCACCCAAGAUUCCACACAAGACACCGUUCGAGAUUGUCUACAAUUCUAAGCCAAGUGUCAAGCACAUGCGCGUUUUUGGGUGCCAAGCAUACAUCUUGACCCCGAAGGAGAAACGACUCAAGUGGGAUCCCAAGGCCCGGGCUGGAUUGUUUUUGGGCUACGAAGAAGUGUCCAAGGCUCGGCCUUUGGAAUGUCGAUGCUGA